GACACUACAACGCACCACCACUUCUUACAAGCAUAUCCACUUGUCUUGUCUCCUCUCCGCUUGUGUCCUUCUACACUCGGCCCAGCGCAUUAUUAUCACUUUUUCUUCUUCGCCUCACACACAAUGUCUGCUCUUCAGUCUACACCUUCCAAGCAGGUGGCAUCUGCAAUUGACUCUCUCAAGAUGACCAACUCACCAGCAAAGACACUCGACUUCUCAGACUCGGACAAAGAAAACGUUUUCAAGCCCAUUGUCGGCAUUCCAGAUGACUUCGACGCCAAUGUCGAGGACGUCAAGCCUACAGUCGCGUCUACCAUUAAGCCUGAGGAGGCACACGAACCCCUCCUUCAAGAGAACCCGGGACGCUUUGUCCUCUUCCCCAUCAAGUACCACGAUGUCUGGCAAAUGUACAAGAAGGCCGAGGCUUCUUUCUGGACCGCCGAAGAGAUUGAUCUCUCCAAGGAUCUCCACGACUGGAACAAGCGUCUCAAUGACGACGAGCGCUUCUUCAUCUCCCAUGUCCUCGCCUUCUUCGCCGCCUCCGAUGGCAUCGUCAAUGAGAACCUAGUCGAGCGUUUCUCGAGCGAAGUACAAAUCCCCGAGGCACGAUGCUUCUACGGCUUCCAGAUCAUGAUGGAGAAUGUCCACUCUGAGACGUACUCUCUGCUCAUCGACACAUACAUUAGCGAGCCAAGGCAGCGCCAAUACCUUUUCAACGCCAUUGACAACAUCCCCUGCAUCCGCAAGAAGGCCGACUGGGCUCUGCGAUGGAUCUCUGACAAGAACUCCACCUUUGCGAACCGUCUUGUCGCAUUCGCUGCCGUCGAGGGUAUCUUCUUCAGUGGGUCGUUCGCAUCCAUCUUCUGGCUCAAGAAGCGUGGUCUGAUGCCUGGUCUUACCUUCUCCAACGAGCUCAUCUCUCGUGACGAGGGCAUGCACACCGACUUCGCCUGCCUGCUCUUCUCUCUUCUCAACACCCGCCCUAGCAAGGAGUCUGUCCAGGCCAUCAUCACCGAGGCUGUUGCCAUCGAACAAGAGUUCCUCAGCGACGCUCUGCCAUGCGCUCUGCUUGGCAUGAACGCUAAGCUCAUGUGCCAGUACAUUGAGUUCGUUGCUGACCGUCUGCUGCUCGCUCUGGGCAACACCAAGGUCUACCACGCCACGAACCCCUUUGACUUCAUGGAGAACAUCUCGCUUGCUGGCAAGACCAACUUCUUCGAGAAGCGUGUCGGUGACUACCAGAAGGCUGGUGUCAUGGCAAGCACAAAGAAGCACGAGCAGAAGGAGGGCUCGUCGUCGCCCGCACCUGAGCCCCAAGGCCAGUCUGGUGACUUCUGCUUCGACGAGGACUUUUAG